UAGAUUGGUCUGGUUCUGAUUAAAACCUACUUGCCUUGGUUUUUCACUAUUCCAAGCCCUAAUUCCCAAAUCCUCUCAGAACCUCCAUCGCCAUGGACUUCCCCAAGAAGCGCAAAACGGAGGAGAACGGCGACGCCGUUUCUCCACUUCCACCAACCGACGCCGUCGCAUCCCCAACCAUCACCCUCGCCGCAGAAGAUAUCCGCAAGAUCCUCCAACCCUUCUCCCAGGACCAACUCCUGGAGCUUCUCCAAUCCGCCUCCCUCCGUCACCCCGACGUACUCGACUCCAUCCGCUCCGUCGCCGACCGCGACACCGCCGUCCGAAAACUCUUCGUCCGCGGCCUCGCCUGCGAAACCACCACCGAGACGCUCCGCAGCGUCUUCUCUGCCUACGGCGACCUCGACGAAGCGAUUGUCAUCUUCGAUAAAUCCACCGGCAGGUCCAAGGGUUAUGGCUUCGUCGUGUUCAAGCAUAUUGACGGCGCAAUUCUUGCUCUCAAGGACCCGAGCAAGAAGAUCGACGGGAGGAUGACGGUGACGCAGCUGGCGGCGGCUAGAUCAGGUGGCUCCUCCGGUGAUGUUUCCGCUCGUAAGGUUUUCGUCGGGAAUGUUCCGUUUGAGAUUCCAUCGGAGAGGUUGUUGGAUGAGUUUCUCAAGUUUGGUGAGGUUGAAGAGGGUCCGUUAGGGUUUGAUAAAGCGAGUGGCAAGGCAAGAGGCUUCGCGUUCUUCGUGUAUAAGACUGAGGAAGGUGCUAGAGCUUCGCUUGCGGAGCCUCUGAAGACAAUUGAUGGGCACCAAGUGAUUUGCAAGUUGGCUGUGGAUAACAAGAAGCCUAAGCCUGGUGGGGCACACAAUGCUUCGGGGUUUCCGGUGGAGACGCCGCAGCCUUCUUCAAUGCACGCUCCUGGCCCUAAUACCAUGAUGCCGCCGCAGUACGGUGCUGGGAAUCCUUAUGGGCAGCCGUAUGGUAAUCCUGUUCCAUCUGGUGGUGGGUAUGCGCCUGGAAUUGGUGGUGGUGGUGGUGCCCCGCAGUAUGGUGGGCCUGGGCCGGUGCCGGUUUCUGGUGCAAGGUUUCCUCCAGCUUCUGGCGGAGGAUACCCAGAUGGGUCGCAGUAUGGUUACCCCUCGCAGCCCAUGCCUAUGCAAAGACCUCCUACUGGUGGAAUGUACCAACCGCCUUAUUAUUGAGGUGUUUUGUUCAGGAUUGUGAUGGCUUCUUGGGCGCUAAUGCUUUAAAUGGUUGUGCUGCUUUCGUUCAUGCAGACAAUGAAAUCUAUGGUUUUGGUUACAUGGACUGCUGUGAUUUGUUGCUGCUUCACUACCUCUGCUUCUAUGUGUUUUGGUUCCUUUUGUGAUAGGUUUUGGUGAAAGCUUACAUGACCUGUAGUUUUUGAAUGUAGUACUCAUGUGGAAUUUUUGUAGAAUUUUUAUUUGAAGUUUUCUCCUACAUUAGGAUCCUAAGUUAUUGAGUAAGUGCCAAGGUGGUUUAUACUAAAUUUGAUGUGUCCAAUUUGGUCUAUGCCUCUAUGUGCAUAUAUGUACUCUAUGUGGUUUUUGUGGUGACCUCUAAUUAUUUUUCAAUGUUUUAUCUUUUUACUUCA